AUGCCCAUCAGAAACAGCACUGCUUUUACAGAAUUCAUCUUACUGGGGCUCACAGACUGCCCCGGACUGCAGCCUCUCCUCUUCGUGCUGUUUCUGAUCAUUUACCUCGGCACGCUCUUGGGAAACCUGGGCCUGAUGGUGUUAAUCAGAAUGGACUCCCGCCUUCACACACCCAUGUACUUCUUCCUCACCAACUUAGCCUUUGUGGAUUUGUGCUACGCCUCUAAUGCCACGCCACAGAUGCUGGCUAAUUUCUUAUCGGACAAGAAGACCAUUUCCUUUGUCGGCUGUUUCACACAGUGUUAUGUGUUCAUCGCUCUUCUCCUCACCGAGUUCUACAUGCUGGCAGCAAUGGCCUACGAUCGCUACGUGGCCAUAUGUAACCCCCUGCACUACAAUGUCAGGAUGUCCAGGCGGGUCUGCAUUGGUCUGGCCACAUUUCCUUAUGUCUAUGGCUUCUCAGAUGGGCUUUUUCAGACCAUCCUGACCUUCCGCCUCGCCUUCUGCAGAUCCAAUGUCAUCAACCACUUCUACUGUGCUGACCCACCGCUCAUCAGGCUCUCUUGCUCUGACACCUCCAUCAAGGAGUACGCCAUGCUUGUAUCAGCUGGCUUCAACCUCUCCAGCUCCCUCGCCAUCAUCGUGGUGUCCUAUGCCUUCAUCCUCGCUGCCAUCCUGCGGAUCAAGUCAGCUGAAGGCCAACGCAAGGCGUUCUCCACCUGUGGCUCUCACAUGAUGGCCGUAACCCUGUUUUAUGGGACGCUGUUCUGCAUGUAUGUAAGACCUCCGACAGAUAAGACUGUUGAGGAAUCGAAGAUAAUAGCCGUCUUCUACACCUUUGUAAGUCCUGUCCUUAAUCCUUUGAUCUAUAGUUUGAGAAAUAAAGAUGUCAAACAAGCCUUGCUGAAAAUCCUCACACGUAAUAGAGUCACGGUGGCUUCCGUGUUUAAACUUUCUCAAAAGACUUCAUUCUGA